AGAGCUGAGCGAGGCGGACCUCAGGUGUGCGCCUCUACGUCCCCUUGGCACCGCGCCCGGGAGAUCGAGAGCGAAACCUAGCUAGCUGCCCGGUGGCGGAAAAUAGUAACUGUCAAAGGCAGCUCCUUUAACGACAGAGCUAUCACUCCGGCUCCGAGAGUUAUGGCGACCGCAGCGUCCAACCACUACAGUGUCCUGACUACCGCCAGCAGCGCGCCGCGGCAGCACUCGGAGUCCGGGAGCAUGCAGCAGGCAGCGGUGUACAGGGACGCGCACACCCUGCUCCAGAACGACUACACGCUACCGGGCAGCGGUCAUCCGCUUAGCCACGCUCACCAGUGGAUCACGGCUCUGUCGCACGGGGACGGGGCUCCGUGGCCGUCGAGUCUCCUCGGAGAGCAGGACGUGAAGCCCAUUCUGCAAAGCGACCGAGAGGAGCUGCAGAAUUCCGCUAGUCUACAGCAACAGCAGCAGCGACACCCUCACCUAGCGCACCAGGCACAUCACGACGCCAGGGCAUGGCGAACAAGCACGGCCUCUACGCACAUUCCCGGUAUGGCUACAUCUGAUGGCCAGAGCCUGGUGUACUCCCAGUCUGGGUUCGGCCUGGGAGGACCAGAGCAGAUGCACCACCACUCUCUGCAGGAGGAAGACCACCACAGCCACAGCCCACAUUUGAGCGAGCAUGGAGGCGGGGUACAGUCGUCCCUCUCUCACCACCAGCAAGGGGGACACCCGGAGAACUCGGACGAGGACACGCCGACCUCGGACGACCUGGAGCAGUUUGCCAAGCAGUUCAAGCAGCGGCGCAUCAAACUGGGCUUUACCCAAGCUGACGUGGGGCUGGCGCUGGGGACCCUUUAUGGAAAUGUAUUUUCUCAAACCACUAUCUGCAGAUUCGAGGCGCUUCAACUGAGCUUCAAAAACAUGUGUAAACUCAAACCACUGCUUAACAAAUGGCUGGAGGAGGCGGAUUCCACCUCGGGGAGCCCCACCAGCCUGGAUAAGAUCGCGGCGCAGGGGAGGAAGAGGAAAAAGAGGACCUCCAUCGAGGUGGGCAUAAAGGGGGCUUUGGAGAGCCAUUUUCUCAAAAGUCCCAAACCAGGCGGCGCGGAGAUCACCUCCAUAGCGGACAGCCUGCAGCUGGAGAAGGAGGUGGUGAGGGUUUGGUUUUGUAACAGGCGGCAGAAGGAGAAGAGGAUGACGCCCAUUGGAGGACAGUUACCGGGAACGGAGGACAUGUAUGGGGACACACCACCUCACCACGGCGCUCAAACCCCGGUACAAUGACCUUAAACCCGUUAUAACACAUGGACCCCUAAAGGAUAUGAAUGCCCCCCUGUGUUUUUCUGUGCCGGACCAGUUAGCAUUGGACCGUAGCCAGCCCAGUGCUAAUGUUGGACCUAUAUGGAACACAGUGGGGAUACCGAGUGUUAGAACUCGAGCACUACACCCCAGACACACAGAAAUCGAGAGCUAUGGGGAGUUUUCAUGCAGUGGAGAUGUGACACGCAAUUUCUGGCUACAUGGACCGUGGUUGGUGUGUGCUAACCAAAAAAGGUUCAAUAUCAUUGACAUCAAAUCGAUUUUAUAGUCAAGGCGCCAAUAUGUCGUAAUGUGUAAAAAUAAAGGCAGUAUAGGCUGUGUGCACGAACCUACCCGCGGGAAACAGGCAUAGAAGUCGCAGCCGACAGUCGGUAAAUAAACGCCAUCUUUCCCUAAUAACAAAAGCAACAGGGGUUUAACACGGUCGAAGCUCAAUACACCUGCUGCACCAUUAAAUAAAAGCCAAUACUAUCACCAGCAUAUUAUUAUUAGGCCUAUUGUUAUUAUCAUGGUAGGUAUUAUUGUAAUAAACAUUAUUAGUCAUGUUUCUAUGACAAAGGCAAAGCAUAGGCCUAUAGGCAAUAGGCUAAUGUUUAUUUACAUAGAACAGGGUCAUAACGUAUGCCUGCAUGGACACAUGGGGACAUGGAAUAUAUUGACAUGUAUUUUGAGAUAUAUUGAAUCAAGUUCAUUUCAAUUCAACAUGUCAUGAUUAGUUUCAGUUUAACUAACUAUAUUUGAAUUGCAGUUUGUUAAUUACCAUACAAUAGUAAACACAGCAUAUCCUGUACUGUAGACAACAUUACCAAGGCACAAUAUGUCAGUUAUAGUCUAUAAUGUGGUCAGAUUGUAUCCCAAUAAUAAAUAAAUAAAUAUCCCCAAAAUUAAAGUAUCCAUAAUUUUUAAUAUAUUAUAAAAUAGGCCUACAUAAUAAUAAUAAUAAUAAUAAUAAUAUUACAGUAAUAAUAAUUGUGUCUUGUGUAUACCUUGCGAGACACACACCAUGUAUGAGGUCAAAAUGAAUUUAAUUUUCUCUUGACAUCUCAUGUCGUGUCCAUCAUGUGUACAUUUCUGCGCGCCUGUUUACAGUAGCCUAUGUCUUGUGUUUGGAUAUUUAUUUGUGUUUCCAAAAUCCUGUGAUCAGAAAGACCGAGAGACUGUAAGGACCAUACCAUAUCACUGAAGCCUGCCCUCUGCCUUCGUUUCGUAAGAAGAUAAUAACGGAAUAUAUCUGUACCAGCUCUGUCUUCAGUGGCGCCAAUUAAUCUAGACAAUGAUUAAUUCACCAAGAAGAAUUGUUCGUGGGAUGUAACUUACAUUUGUUUUUGUAUCGCUUUGUAUGUUUGUUUGUUGAAUUUUCUCUUGUCAGACCAGUGCCAAAGCACAAACACGUACGUGCACGUGCUCUUGUGCCGCUCAACUCGUGAUAUACAUGUGACAGCAUGCAGGGUUGGGGUCAACUUUGGCAAUUCCUGGAUUCAAAAUUGGUUCAUUAUUUCAAGAAUUUCGAUUUAAAAUUGAAUGGAAUCAGGAGGAGGCUGAUUCCGAAUUUGAAAUGGAAUGACAGGAAAUAUAAUUAAAUGAAUGGGAAAUUCUCCACACACUGACAUAAAUUAGAUCAUUUGUAUAGCUAAUAUUUGUGAACCAAAUUGGUUUGAAUAGCAUUACAUAUUUUCGUUAUUUACCUCAAGGUAUAGGCACAAAAUCAACUUAUAUUAUGUAGACUAAGGCACUUCAGUGAGAUAAUGUGACAAAUAGCUAUCAAUAUCACUUAAACUCACCUGGCCUAGUGGCACUGAUAUACAAAACAACUAUUUCACUCAUCAUUGCAUGGAAAAUGUAGCCUAUAGGCUUAGCCUAUUUAUUGACACCUGACUCAUCUAACGCCUAUACAUAUGAAUUGUAAGCCUAAUUGAAAAGGCUCCCUGGGAAAAUUCAAAUUGAUUAGGCCUGCACAUUCAAUACAUUUAAAAAUAGCUGAAAUUAAAUUUGUUUGAAUUGUUUUUCUUGUCAUUCAAAUGUAAAUGUCAAUUAUUAUUUUUCUUAACCAUUCAAAUUCAAACUCAAAAUGCUGUAUUGGAUUUGAGUUUAUCUAAGCAUUCUGAAUUGACCCCAACCCUAUGACUGAUCAAAUGAAUGGGGAAAAGAAAUCAAUAAUUGCACAAUUUCUAUAUUAUGUUUUUUUGUCAUUAAAAUGUAUUUGUUUUUUUUUAUAAUCCUUUUGUAUUCUUCUCAUAUUCUUUUAGCUUGACGAAUGGAUCCCUACUGUCACGCACAAAGCUGUACCAAUAGUCUUGGCCGCGCGAGCCUGCGUUACAAUUAUGGAUUUUAUAAAUCUGUCUAGGUUGCACAAAAUGUCCUUGAGCGGUUUCCGAUAACUGUAUAUUAUCACUGAUUUGCACACAUUGUCUUGUGAAAAUAAAUCGUGUCAUUACAGAAGUAGCCAGUUAAUAACAUGUAGGCCUAUACUAAGAAUAACAUUGUUUUUUUAACGUAAUUUCUGUCUCCACAAUUCCAGUCACCGUUUUUCUCAUGUUGCACAGAUGUAGGCCUAUACAUUAAACAAUUGCGACAAUUAUAAAAACAAUUCGAUUUUCGACGUAAUAUUGGUCUUUAUGUAUAAUUAGAUUAUUAAAAUAUUUUUUUUAAAUAUCCAAAUAGCUUACCUGAAAUGUUAUUAUAUUUCAGAAAAACAAUAUGCUAUUACAUAAUGUAGACAAAGGAACCAAACGUUUGUGACCAGUGCUCAACAGACGGUCGGAUAGCCUACACACAUGUUAGAACGUAAACUACUAUUAUUCUCACAUUCAGCCGAUAAAAAUGGCAUACUCGACAACCAAUACAUUAAUGCGUUAUUGAAUGCUGUAGUUGGUAAGGUGUCACUUUCUGUAACUUUUACUUUCAAGAAGACUUGCCUAAGUCAAAUAAAGGUAAAAUAAAUACAGACUACUACAUUUUGGGGGAAAAGUAUAAAUAAAUUAUAAGUGACUAUAUAGAAGUUUACUCUGACCGUCGGUGGGAUUUCCCCAGUAACAUUUUAAUAUUUGAGCUUAUACAUUAAAUAUCAUUCCACAUUUUGAGAAGGCUAUAUGGUCAGCUUAUGCACAUAUUAUUAUUUUGUGGUGUGAUGUAGGCUAGUUAUUAGUUGUAAAGGAGUUUUUCUCGUCGAAAACAUUCCUGAUUCCUUGACUGCUUUAGGGUGUCCUAUCCUUUUACAGUCAAUGGUCCUGCUUCCUCUGAGCAAAACACAAGUGGGGUGCUGCUCUGUCACCCUCUCAAGCAGUCUUACAGUGCCAUCUAGUGGACUGUACUGUGUGCAGCUCUAGGUUGGGGUUCUAGGUAGCUGCUUUUUUUUAAAUCACUGAGCAUGUCCAUCUCUGUGAGAGAUGAUCUCACCUUCUGACUCGCCCCUCUUUUUAUUUCCUUGUAAAAGUCUGGAGUUCUGCAGUUGAGAGAAAGAGAAAGAG